CACUUAAAAAGAACAAAGAAAAAAUUAAACAAAAGCAACCGUUAUAGCUUACGUCGUGUCAAAUUUUAUAUUCGAGAGAAUUUUUGCAGAUUUUUUUUUAGAAAAAGAAAAGAUUUUUAAGCCCAAACGAUUUUAAUUUCAUUUAAAAGAUGAGUGGAUAUCGAAAACGUAAAUCUUCCGAUAGCCUUGAAGGCGAUAGAAAAAGAAUUCCAUUAGAACGGUACGAUUACAAUCCGUUCAAACAAGAGUGUGAUAACGCUCAAGUGAGUCAGCGACUAUACUCGGCUGUUCCAUACAACUAUGUUACUUCAUCGGUUGCACCCGUUGUUGCUUCUGGUGGCGUUCAAAAUGCAGUAGUUUAUAGCCGACCACAACGAUACUAUAACAGUCAAUAUGUGGAACCGAGUCGAUCAGACGAUAGGAAUGUAAUUUCAUCCAUGAGGAAUUACAGUUCCGGCUUGAAUGACGUUCUACCUUCAGCCUAUUACGAUAAAGGACGUCAAAUGAACUUCAAACACGAAGUUUACAUAAAUUCCUUGCGACAAUCGGAACCUAGAGUUGUCAACUUCAAUGACCUUCGACGACAUCUGUCAGACAUCGACAUUCGAUACGUUUACAAUUGGAAUUUUUCCACUGCCCUAGACCUGACUCUCGAAUUGGAAUCCAGUCUGAACUAUUUUGUUGACACGAGAAACGAAUUGGUCUUUCUGCGAAAAAUUCAACGCACGCAGUGCAUACCAUUCUCGUACAAUGAGAUCAACAUAACUAAUCGAAAUGGAAUGUACAAUCGAAUGCGAUUCCUUGAAGACGAGUCUUCUUAUCGAUCCAACCGCAUGAAUCAACUGUUCAACCAAUUGCAGUCUGUGGUUAUUCCGGCCAUUAUCGACGACAUCAGAUACAUACAUAGCGUCUCGUAUGAAAAGGCAUGGGUCAAUCGGGCUCGCUAUUGGUUCACUUUAUUCAAGCGAAUCAGAUGGGAACAUCGUGCGAGCGGUGACGGUUUUAAGAACCAACAGUCGAAGCACCGGCGACCGCAUCGAAGACAUGCUAACAAGAACGAAGCCGAUUCUGUUGGCAAAGUGAAUUUUAAGACUGAAAAGGGUGUUGUUCCGAAGGUGUUUUUAUUUGACGCUAAAAGCGUUAAAGUUGAGAAACAAUCCAAGGUCCCACAGGUCCAACCAACGAUCACACCUUUGCCUAAGCAAGAUCCGAUCAUUCCGUUCGAAAAUAAUAUCCAACCGGUGUUGCACAUUGUUGAACAUAGGAUUCCGUCAGGUGAGACCAACAAUCCGCCAGUGUCCGACAACAUUGUGCAGCCAUCGCGUCAAGAGAUCGAAGCGACGGAAAAUGUUGAGAUCAACGAAACUGUUGGAACAGAAAUCAAAGAAAGUGACCGUUCCAAUUCGUGUGUAAUAGUAGAACAAGACGUUAGUUUGGUCGAUGUUAAAGAUGAUGAUAACAAUGAUGAUUCGGGUAUAAAUGAUAAUCCUCCGGAAGGAGAUUCUAUGGUAAACGAAUGCGAUUAAUUGGCGUUCGGUUUGUCAAUCAUUGUUUUUUUUCUUAUUUUUAAGUUUAAUUUUUGAUGGAGAACCUCAAAUAGAUUUGUGAGUUUUCACCCUUCUCUUACGUGCUGAUUUUUCAAAAACAUGCAAAUAAAUUUUUAGCUUAGUACUUCCGAAAGACUUUU